AUUUGUGUUGGCUUAGAGAUAAUGCGCCACCAUGUUCCGAAACGUUGUGGUUGGCAUCUCUGGGGGCGUAGAUAGCGCCGUCAGCGCCCAUCUGCUGAAGGAGCGCGGCUUCAACGUCCUCGGCGUCUUUAUGCGCAAUUGGGAUGAGCAUGAUGAGGCCGGACGCUGCAGCGGCGAACAGGACCUUAAGGAUGCCGAAUGGGCUUGUCGGCAGCUGGACAUCGAGCUGCGCCAAGUGAAUUAUGUGAAACAAUACUGGACGGCGGUCUUCAGUCAAUUUCUCGAAGACUACCAGCACGGCUUGACACCCAAUCCGGACGUAUUGUGCAACAAGCACAUCAAAUUCGACCUCUUCCACAAGCAUGCGUUGCAGACGCUGCAAUACGAUGCCGUGGCCACGGGCCACUAUGCGUGCAACAGCCUGGGCAACUAUUUGGAGCACGCCGACAAACAGACGCAGGCCGAAGAGGCCCGUCUGCUCAUACCUGCAGACAAGUUGAAGGAUCAGACCUUCUUUCUGGCCGGCAUUCCAAAGGCAUCGCUACAACGAACCAUGUUCCCACUCGGCCAUCUGCACAAGCCAGAAGUGAAGCAGCUGGCGCGGCACAUUGGACUGCACCGUCUAGCACAAAAGCGCGAGAGCACCGGCAUCUGUUUUGUGGGCAAGCGCGACUUUAAGGCAUUUAUACGCGAGUACAUCAGCUCGAGGACCGGCGAUUUCGUGGACAUUGACAGCGGCGCCGUGGUGGGCAAGCACGAGGGCAUUCACCAAUGGACAGUGGGCCAGCGCUGCCGACUCAAUUCCUAUCUGCAACCCUACUAUGUGGCGCGCAAAGAGGCCGCCAGCAAUGUGAUCUUUGUGGCCGCUGGACACCACCAUCCCGCCCUACACAGCCGGCACAUGCACACCGCCGACAUCAACUGGCUGUGCUCCCAAGCGCAUCGGGAGUUGCUCGAGGCGGGCAGCUUGCGCUGUCGCUUCCGCUUCCAGCACACCAAGCCGCUGGUGGAAUGUACAAUAUGGCCCUCCGACAACGCAUUCGACCACUUUGAAGUGUUUCUGGAGGAGCCGCUACGGGCCAUCACGCCGGGCCAAUAUGCGGUAUUUUACGACGACGUUGCCUGCCUUGGCACGGCGCGGAUCCUAAGCGCCGAGCCGCUGGAACAGACCGUGGAAGUGAAUCAACAGCAACCGCAGCAGAAGAGGCUGGAGCGGUAGCAAUAAAUGCUAAAUAGUGGAAAGAUAAGAAAGCCCAGCCAAAGAUCGGAUGUACUCUAUACUCUCAUGCAUCUCAUAAGGGAUGCAUAUUUUACUGAACUUUAUUAUUUUAUUCCAUCUUACAUAUAUCGGCCCUUUCUCUGAAUCAUUUCAAAAGGCGUUAUUGAAAUUUUAUGUUGCUGCCCCACUAGCGCUCAAGCAUUUGCAUGUAAAUAUGUAUAAACAGUAAAGAAAUAAGCAUUUUAAAUGCACAUUUCAUAAAUACACAAUUUAUGGCCCAUCA